AUGGACAUUGAUCCUAACAUGCCACACGAUCCAGAUCCAGAAUGCCAAUUCUGGUGGGACAAUGAUGGCUCGCUCUCUUGCAAGGACACGCCGAAAGCUUUUAAGAUCAGUCUCCAAGACUGGCUGCGAUGGAACCCAUCCUUGACAGAAGAUUGUAAUAAUUACAUUACUGGCCGUUCGUAUUGCAUCGAAGGCCCAGCCGCCCCUCCAUCAACGACCACUCAGCCGCUGCCAACUACCCCCGACCCCACUGCCGUUGUGACACCUUCUCCCAUUCAGUCUGGAAUGGUUGACAAUUGUAACAGGUUUCAUAAGGUGGAGAAAGGCCAGCUGUGUAACGACAUCGCCGCCGAAUUUGGCGUGUCUGAGGAUGAUAUUAAGAAAUGGAACCCUGGAGUUAAAUCCGACUGUACAGGCAUUUGGGCCAAUGUUUAUGUAUGCAUUGGAGUCAUUGGUGGGAGCACACCUGCUCCGUCGCCUACAGCUACAACUACCGGAAAUGGAAUCUCGACCCCCUCGCCCAUUCAGACCGGGAUGGUCGAUAAUUGUAGCCACUUCUACACAGUACAAAAGGGGGACACAUGCGAUUACAUUGCUGAAUAUCAUUCUAUACCUCUAGAGGAUAUCCUGAAGUGGAAUCCAGCUGUUGGUCCGGAAUGCAGAAAAAUGGUAGCCGGCACUUGGUUGUGCUGGCAGACGAUCGGUUACGUCCGCCCAAAACCCACCACUACAACCAACGCGUCACCCACCAGCCCCGGAAAUGGCAUUGUUACCCCUUCACCCACUCAACCCGGUAUGAUCAAGAACUGUGAGAAGUUCCAUUACGUUGAAAAGGGCCAGAACUGCGCCUGGAUCGCUGCCAAAUACGGCAUCGCGCCUAGCAGAUUGGAAGCGUGGCACACGUCAAUUACCAACGGCUGUGACGGGCUCUGGGCCAAUUCCAAUGUCUGUGUACGUCCCCAGCGGUAUAAACCUGCCACGAAGCUUCAGUGCUUCAAUGAUGGUUGGGACUGGGGUGGAAAUUACCAAGCUGCUUGGGAUUCCGUGAAGCAGUGGUGUGAUGGGAAGGACAAUAGUGAUGGUAGCUACGGCUACCAGCCUGGUCAGGAAAAAUAUGGCUGCUUUAACACCCCGAUUGGCCUUCACACGAUCCGGUGGAUGGGGCGCAACGACUUUGGCAGCGGCGCUUCUCUCGAGCCGUCUACGUGCGAGGGAAUGCUUUAUCACCUUCUCCAAAACUGUCCUAAAGGAGGCAAGUCGUGGUUUGAGGGCUGGUACAUUGAGUAA